GAGCGCCAGGCCCCGCCCCCGGCAGAGGCGGAAGCGGAGACGCCCAGAGUCGUCUCGCUUCGCCGCCGACGCCCCAGCUCAGCCGCGCGCCUCGGCCCAUGGCCGCCUACCCCUACCGCCCGGGCCCCGGGGCCGCCCCCGGCCCAGCCGCGGGCGCGGCGCUGCCGGACCAGAGCUUCCUGUGGAACGUCUUCCAGAGGGUUGAUAAAGACAGGAGCGGCGUGAUAUCCGACAACGAACUCCAGCAGGCGCUCUCCAACGGCACCUGGACUCCGUUUAACCCCGUGACUGUCAGGUCGAUCAUAUCCAUGUUUGACCGAGAGAACAAGGCUGGCGUGAACUUCAACGAGUUCACCGGCGUCUGGAAGUACAUCACAGACUGGCAGAACGUCUUCCGGACCUACGACAGGGACAACUCCGGGAUGAUCGACAAGAACGAGCUCAAGCAAGCGCUCUCAGGUUUUGGCUACCGGCUGUCCGACCAGUUUCACGACAUCCUUAUCCGAAAGUUCGACAGACAAGGCCGGGGCCAGAUUGCCUUUGACGACUUCAUCCAGGGCUGCAUCGUCUUACAGAGGCUGACAGAUAUAUUCAGACGCUACGACACGGAUCAGGAUGGCUGGAUUCAGGUGUCAUACGAACAGUAUCUUUCCAUGGUCUUCAGCAUCGUAUAACCCUGUCCUUUUGCAAAUAGCAACAUGAUGUACAGAGAAAAGACCGAAAAUGCCAAAUCCCUUCAACGGAAUGGAGCACGGAUGCAGUAGACGCUGUUCUUCCUUUAGAUUUUGUACAAUUAAUAUUUGGGGACCCCACUGUACAUAUAUGGAUAAGCUGAUUAACGUUUUUGCAAUCGUAACAAUAGUCAUAUCGUCAUUCAGAUACAAGCAUUGGAAUUGGGGCUGUUUGAUUGUGCCAUGAGGUAAGAUAUGCUUAUGUUCCCUGUGUUCUGCAUGUAAAGAAUUCAUCAUGUGCUCACCUAGAUGGUUUCAGUUCUGUAGUGGAAAUUCUUUAUUAGCCAGUAGAAACUUUAAAAUAAUACGGAACUUGCAUAGGAGGCUUUUCAUGUGCCUUCCUGUUUAAAAAGGGGUGUAUUGUAUUGACUUGAAUAUGCAGUGUAAGCAGUGUGCCCCUUGUCCCAGUCCGACUCAGAUACGCUCAUGAGGGGGCUCCGAGGGGUCCAGGACACAGCUUUGCUUGUGGAAAUGUGUCGAUAGCGCCCAUCCUGUUAUACGAGUUUGUUUAAAUUUCAGAAAAUUUAUUUGGACAUUCAAACCCA